GCUUUUCAUACUACCACCAGUCUCCAAGUGCUAAACAUCGCUACUGCAGGUAGUAGUACAUUUGCAGCAGUAAACCCAGAACAAUAAAUAUAUUGGUAUAGAGAGAAAGAAAUUUUGUAGGAAAAAACUUAAGGUCAAAAUAAGAGUUGAGGUGUCAGCUAAAACUCUUGGCUUUUUCUAUAACCCUUUCUUUUUCUAUGUUAGCCAUCUGCUGAAAUUAUAGCCGCAAGCGAGUUGUGCGUAUAAAAAAAAACAAGAAUUGAAAGAAUUCCUGACUUUUUCUUCAAGAGAAGAGGAUAGGCGUACAGAUACAAAGAUCUUGUUUAUCAUUCAACGAAUUCAGUUAAGUGAAAAAGUUUUACUAAAUUCACUACGAUAUUUUUCUAAAGGCGAAUUAAUUUAUACUGCAACGAAAGAGGAUUUUUUACAAAUUUUCAAACCAUUUUCAACAUGCGACGCGGCGGCCGUGGAAAUGUGAAUCUAGGAGGUAUGACUUGGCAGGAAGUGCUCGAAUUCAACGCUCGAACUGGUCCUGUUAAAUUAUAUCCUGACCGUGACCUUCCUAUUCAGCGAUCAAUUUUUCCUCACGAGUUGCUGGAGAUUCGGGUUUUCAACGAAAUUCGAAACUCAUUUAUCCAAGAAAGUGCAUUCUACAUUCAAAAGGAAAAAGCAAACGCAGCCCCGACAAACGAUGACGGACUCGUGCGAUAUAGUGAUCGUAAUAAACCAAAACGAAAAAAUGAGAAUCUACGACUGAGCGACUUGGAUUUGGACCCAAAGUUUUUUCCUGAAGAGCUCCGCAAGACACUAGGAGCUGAAGGUGGAACCAAGAAAAGGGCUAGGCGGAAAUUGGACAUGAAAACGUUCAUCGAUUUUACAAUCAACACUGAAGAUCUGAAAGACGACGCUCCGGAGACUGCCAAUCCCACCACUGAAGAAGUGCCUGAAGAGGUAGAAGAGGAAGACGAAGACUUUGGCGAUGACGAUGACAAUGAUUAUGGUGAAAACUACUUUGAUAAUGGUGAAGGAGACGAUUUUGAGGAUUACGAAGGAGACGAUGGCGGUGUCUUUGACUGAGUAAUUGAUAUCUUCAUUUUGUCUUGGCAAUGCCCUUUCAUACUUCGUGUUUCAUUUGGUUAUUUCAUGGGAAAUUUUUGGAUAUCUUUGCAUUUGAAUUUUAGAUUCUGGUUACUUAAAAUAAAGUAAUAUAAAAAAAGAAAGACCAUCGGGAUAGUGGGUUUAAAUUAGAAAAAAAACUAUAAAAUUAC